UUUGUUCGCGCGCUUUUCACGCAGAGAUCAUAUUGUUAAAUUUUGUUUAUUGUUUAUAAGAGAGAUUAGUGCAUUUCGCCAUGUCAGUUUUGCUGGCGGACAUUGAUGCCACAUGCGCCGCAUUGGGCUACAGCGAUGGGCAAAAGUACCAGGCAGAGCCCGAUGCCGCCGAGGGUUUGAAGCACCUCAUUUGGAUACUGCGCCGGGAUCUGGACAACCACGAGUAUCGCCGCCACUUGGGCCGAGCUAAGGUGGUGCAGACCGACUUGGUGUACAUGCUGCCGGACUAUGUCCACCACGAGGAGCUGUCCGAUCUGCUGAUCCGCCUGCUGGUCAUCCUGACCAAUCCCACCCUGCUGCUGUACCGAGAAGGUCCGCCGAAAGACAAUCAUGGCCGGAAGGUGUUCAUGGAACUCAUCGACAUACUGCAGGGCUACAAAGCAGCCUUUGCCCGGGACAAGAUCUGGACGUCACUGUUCGAGAAACUCAAGCAGGCCUUGGAAAUAGCCUUUGCCAUCCGAAGCGAGGAGCAGAACCUUCUAAUUGAGCGCAUCCUGGUGCUGGUCCGAAAUGUCUUGCAAGUGCCGGCGAAUCCUGAGGCCGAGUGCCGGGCGGACAACGAUGCCAGCCUUCAUGACCAGGUCAUUUGGGCCCUCCAUCAAACAGGAAUGCUGGACCUAGUGCUGUUCGUGAUCUCAUCGCCGGAUGAAGAGCAAUUCCAUCUGCACGGACUGGAGAUUUUGUGCCUGCUCUAUAGGGAACAGAGUGCCGAGUCCCUGGCGGAUGCCUCUCUGCAACGCAGUCUCAGCGAAAAGCAGCGCGAUCAGCAGGAACUCCUCGCCGCCCGUCGUCGAGAGCGCGCUCGUCGGCAGGCUCGUCCGCCGCCCGGGCGUCAUUCACGCUUCGGCGGCACCUACGUCAUUCGGAACAUGAAGUCCGUCUCAGAUCGGGAUGUGAUCUGCCACCAGGCCCUGGAACGAGUCUCCUCGAUCGAUUUUGACAGGGAAAAGGAGCAGCAAAAACGCUCGCAUCGCCACAUCAAGGAGGAGGCCCAGGUGACCCGCCGCAGCGCGUUUACCGUGAGACUGUGCCUGCGCGAGUACUGCAUCGAGGUGCUGCGCUCCGCUUACAACACGCUGGUGAGGCAGGUGCGACGGGUCCUGGAACGCAAUGCCGGCUCCUCGAGUCACGAUGACUCCUAUCUAUUGUGGGCCAUACGAUUUUUCAUGGAGUUCAAUCGUUUGAGUGGUCUACAAUUGCAGUUAGUCAGCGAAUCGUUGAGCGUGCAGUGCUUCCACUGGGUCCUGACGCGUAUGCAACAUGACAUGGACAUGAUUGUGAGCGACAAGAAACAGGCGCGUCUCUGGGCCAAGCGACUGCAUGUAGCCCUUUUGACAUUCCGGGAAUUGCUGCAGAGCCUGCUGGCACUGCAAAGGCUCAAGGAUGACAACAACGCGCGGGCUCUCUUCGAUAUGUUAUUGAACAACGUGUGCUAUGUCCUGGAGUAUCGGGAGACAGUGCUGCAUUUGUUAAUGAACUACAAUGAGGCGCACAGCACAAAGGUGUUCCUGCGCGACGUGGUGGAAACGGCCAACGUAUUCAUUAAAAUGAUGGAGCGCUUUUGCCAGGAUUCUGUGGUGGUGCAGGACAAGCGGCGUGGAGGAGGAGCCGGUGGCCGGAAAAAGAAACAGCUGGCGGCCAAGUCCAAACCAACGCCAACGGUCCCACAGCCCACUGAGGAAGAAUUGUCGAGCAAAUGGGCCGAACUGGCGACGGAAGUGUGCAGUCUGUUGGCCACCGAAAUGGAAAUGCCGGAGGACGAGCUGCCGGUGCCCUUUGACGCUGCCUCGGAAAAGUCCAUCGAUGAUCAGCGCGAGGAUUGCAUGAUCCGCAUAAAUAAACUGCUGCGUUCCGAGAAACUGGACCAGGCCAUCGCCCUGCUGCGGGCCGCCAGGGAAGUUUGGCCCGAGAACGAUGUGUUCGGUGCAAUUUCCGCUGCACCGGAAGACGAGCUGCUGCUGCUGCGUGAGAUUUUCAUGCACAACAUUACAACAGUCGAGCCCCAGGAGAAGGAGAACGAAACCGUAAACGAGCAGGACGAGGACGAGGACGAUGACUUGGAUAACGAGGAGUUUGGCGAGCAGGAUAAUGGACUCACCGAGAAAACGUUCAAAUUUGAUGAUUUCGCUCGCAGGUUGCUGAAUCCGAAAAUCGUUCGCGCCUGUACAUUAGUGCUAACGGACUGGGCAGAUAUACCCACGCGAUCCUUGAAGGCGGCAGUAACUAUUCUACAUCGCAUCGCCUACGGCUGUAAAUGUCCGGGAAUGCUCUACCAGGCCAAGCUGUUCCGCAUCUUUCAACAAGUCUUCAGCGUGGAACGUGACGCCCAUCAGGAGGAGCUGCGUCGCCUGGCCAUCUUUGUAGUGCGCAAAUUUGUCGAGGUGGCCCCUGCUAAUCCCAAAAUCUAUGCAGAGUUAUUAUUUUACAAAGGCAUCAGGGAGGCAAAUGAGCUGGAGUCGGGCUAUUGUGAUGCCUAUGAAGCCGGCACCAAAGGAGCCUGGAGCGAGGAGCAGGAGUCGGAGCUGCGUUUCCUCUUUGAAGAGAACCAGCGCAAUCCCGAAACGGAAAAGGAUGUGAUUGAUUGGAUUCUGGACAAUUUGGCCGACAAGACGCGCAAUCGCCGGACAGUCCUGAAGAAGCUGAAGGAACUGGGCCUGCUUUUCAAGGCGCCCACCAAACGCUCGACCAAGGCGGCCCAGGGUGGCAAAAACCUCUGGCAGCCGGAAGAGGAUGAGGAGCUAAGGAGCUUAUACGAUCAGCAUCGCACCGAGCCGGAUUGCUUGGACCGCAUCGUCAAGGAAUUCGAGGAGCGUCGCUCCAAGCAAAAGAUCAUCAAGCGGAUGUUGCAGAUUCACCUGAUAGCCGACAAGUCUGAGAUAAUGCCUCCCAAAACCGCCAAGGGACGCGGCAAGGCCAAGGCCAAGGUUUACGAUCUGGAAAAGAGCAACGAUGGCUACGACUUCAUGGAGGAGCCCAUGCCCGAGGAGGAUGGUUAUCGAAAGCCCGCAAAGAAACCCAAGGCCAAAAAACGCCAAGUGGUGCGUACACCCUUGGAUGUGGGCACGGUGAGAGCACUAGUUGCUCAGGUGGAUGCGGAGAAGUACCAAUCUGCCGUCGAGUGGCUGCAGGAGUCUCUGCAGGAUGCCAGCGAGGAUACCGAUGAGCCAGCCGAGGAAGAGGAUGGUAUUCCACUCCUACCAUUAAUGCAGGACCAGAGGGAAGCAAUGGAGGAUGGAGACUUCCAGAAGGUUCUCGUUGCCCUUGGAAUGCAGCCACCAAUUGCGGGCAUGGAGACCUACUGGCGUAUUCCCACCUACUUAAAUCCCGCCGAUUUGCAACUGCGCUCCAAAAUUCUGGCCGGCGAAGAAGUUGAGAUUGAGGCCGAAGAGGAGGAUCAAGAGAACAGUACAGAUGAAGAACAGGAAGAUGGCGAGGAGGAAGAGGAUGAGGAAGAGGAAGAGGACUUUCUGGACAAGCACAGCAGACAGCGGCAGGAGAACAUUGCCGCCGAGCAGCAGCGAAAGCUGGAUAGCCUAAUGUUCAACCAAAGCGAUGACGAGGCCGAGCAGCGAGCCCCUCCUAAAGGCAAGGCCAAGUCCAAGGGAAAAGCCAGCGAGAAGAAGGCCAAGCAAAAGGACAAAGGCAAGGCCAAGGAGUCGAAGGAAGAGGUACCAGCGGCGCUGGAGAAACCCAACACGGAUGAUUUAUUUGAGCAAUUGAGAACCAAGCGAGCCACUAAAAUCAAGCUCGGCGAUAUGGUUCUAAAUGAGUCAACAAAGGCCGCUCAAGAGGCGAACGACGAUGAUGCAUUCGACUUCAAUUCAGAGGACUAUCGUGCUCGGCUGCUCGAAUUGGAGGAUGAGGACGAGGUUGAGAAGCAAAGAGAUGAUGCCGAGGAGGAGAAGGAGAACAAUACCAACAAGUCCUUGCAGCGUGCACGUCGCGCUAAUGUAAUUGACUCGGAUAGCGACAAUGAUGAUGAUGGCGCCUCGCCCGCUGACAAGACAAACAAACGCCCACGCAGCGACGACGACGAUCAAGGGGAUGGGGCUGCCGGUGACGGUCACAUCGAUGCCGAGGAGGAUAGCGACGAUGAGGGCAACUUUCUGGCUCGCAAAAAGCCAGCAAAAGUCAAUGGAGAGCCGUCCAAGCGGCGUCGCCUGGCCAUCAUCGAUGACGAUGAUGAUGAGGAUGAUUUUUAAUGCAGUCCGGUUCUGCUUUUGAUUUUAUGGCUCACCGGAAUGGGAGCUCGAAUAAAUGUAACUUUUAAUUUGCA